AUGGACAUCCAGAUAAGUCACUAUGCAUUCAAUCGACGACUGUUGAUGUUGAUCCUCAUCGUUCGAGGUUCUGCAACCGGAUAUACAGGUUCUGCAACUGGAUAUACAGGUUCUCCGAAUGGACAUCCAGAUAAGUCAGUACGUAUUCAAUCGACGACUGUUGAUCCUCAUCGUUCGAGGUUCUGCAACUGGAUAUACAGGUUCUGCAACUGGAUAUACAGGUUCUCCGAAUGGACAUCCAGAUAA